AGUGAUGUAGUAGAAAUACUAAAUAAUAGUAAUGGCGUCUAUUUGUUUCGAUGUUGAAUCUUCUAGCGCGGCUAUGUACUGUAGCUUAAUGACUCAAUAAUUCAAUAAUAAUGGAUGCCUAGUUUUUAUUAUUGACAAAACUCAGUUCUGUGCUAAAGUAUUGAAUUCUAACCGAAUGUUGUGAUAAUACAGAAAGGCCUACACCUGGACCAGGGUGUCGCCGAAUUGGCCUAGGACAAGAUAGUGCAUAAAGUUGAUUAGUCUCGAUAAUUUAUUGUGUUUGAUGUGCAGGUAAAAAUGUGUGAGAUAUGCUGGAGCGAAUCGCAGAGAAGGCAGCAUUCCAGGAACAGACAGUGAGCUGUGAGCUGGGCCGAAGACAAGAUGGCAAAGAAGAGCGACAGCAGCAGAUGGUUUAAUGUGGCUGUUGUUGGCUUGUCGGGCACAGAGAAGGACAAGGGUGCGGUGGGCGUGGGCAAGUCAUGCCUCUGUAAUCGGUUCAUGCGAUCACUGGCCGAUGACUACAGCGUUGAUCAUAUUUCUGUACUCAGUCAGACUGAUUUCAGUGGCCGAGUUGUCAACAAUGAUCAUUUCCUGUAUUGGGGCGAAGUUAGCAAACUAACUGAAGAAGGUCUCGAGCUACAGUUUCAAGUCAUUGAACAAACAGAAUUCAUCGAUGAUGCAUCUUUCCAACCUUUUAAAGGUGGUAAAAUGGAGCCUUAUGGCAAACGAUGUGCAGCUACCAAGUUGACAUCGGCUGAAAAGCUCAUGUAUAUUUGCAAAAAUCAACUGGGCAUAGAGAAAGAAUAUGAGCAGAAAGUUUUGCCGGAUGGGAAGAUCGGAAUCGACGGAUUUCUGUGUGUGUUUGAUGUCAGUGUUGUACCGAGUCGAACAUUGGACAAGCAAGUCGAAAUGGUUACUAGCAUACUCAAUAACUUGGUCAAGACCAAAAAGCCAGUUGUUCUGGUUACAACGAAGAAUGAUGAUGCUAAUGAAGCUUACGUCAAAGAGGCGGAGAGAGUGGUGGCUAGGAAGGAAUAUAAAGGAGGCAUACCGGUUAUUGAGACGUCAGCCCAUGAAAAUAUCAACGUUGAUCUGGCAUUUUUGGCUCUUGCUCAACUUAUCGACCGAACAAAAGUCAGAACAAAAAUUGUACCUUUUGGAGAAGCAGCCAGAACAAGGAAAGAACUCUUGGAUAUGACCACAGAGGCUUUUAUGUGUCUGAUUCGUUCUCAGGUCACAGAUUAUCGUGCUCUCUGGAGUCAAACAUCGAAGAAAUUGGCCAAACAUGAAGAGUUUGCCCACUACAUCGAACUAUUUGGCAUGGAAGCUACUCAGAGGCUUUUUAGAAGGCAUGUGAAGAAAUUGAAGGAUGAACAUCUAGCUAAGAGAGUUCAAGGGUACAUGGAAAUGUUACCUGAUAUUCUACAGGAGAUGGUACCUGAAAUUUCCACUUUAAGAGAUGGUGAUUGGCCGACUGUCCAGCAGCACAUCAAAGACCAUCCAGAUUUCAACAAUUACUUCUACAAGUGUCCGGAGGACAUUCCAUGGACAGAAUGUGAUUGGGAUGAGGACAGCGAUGGAAAAGGCGCUGAGACGCGAAUUCCCUACGACGUUCUGGACACCGGAGAAGCGGAAACUGUGUUUAAAAACCAUGCCAACGCUCUGCAACAAGAACAGAAACGAUUGGAAUACAAGAAACAAUUCAAACAACUUCUGGAAGAUACCGGGUAUGUGACUCCUGGUAAAUUACUGUCCGAAGUUAGAGUGCUUUUCAUGGGACGAGAAUGUUUUGAAGCUUUAUCCGAAGAAGACUGCCAAGUAAUUUACGAUCGUCAUCAAAAAGAUAUUGUCGAGAAAGCCAAACAUUGUUUCCAGGAACUUCUUUUAGAACAUGCAGAUCUUUUUUAUCAUUUCAAGAGUAUCGCUCCAACCGGCACUAUCACCCAAGACGAUAUCAAAGAAAUAACUGAUUCACUGAAGGAAGAUUCUAGGUAUAAAGCAUUGGACAGAUUGGAUCAGGAUCGUAAGUUGAUGCUUUUCCAGCAUCUUGGCUUUGUCCAUUGUCCAAUAAGAGAGCACUGUCCAGCGUUUCCCAAUUGUAUGGAUGCUUUAAUCGAACGAAUAUUGGGAAACAAAGCGCAUAGACCGUCGUCUUGGAAUCAUAGCAACCAAUGGCUUUUGAAUCCAGAUAAUAAUCAAUUGAACCUUGUUAUAUUAGGAAUAGGUGGCUUAGCAAAUGAGUUGUGUACUCAAAUUAAGGCACAAUGCGAUGAGGACGAAUAUGAAAUUGAUUGUCAUUUAUAUGGAUUGGAAUAUAGAAUAAUUGAUGGUGAUGUGAGUCUGCCCCAGAAUUCUUUUCAAUCAGCCGACUUCUUGCCGCAUGGUUGUUUUUGUGUUUACGAAAAUUCCGAAAGUUUCGAAUAUGUACGAGAGAGCCUUGAAAAGACUUUAUUAUCGAAUCUAGAACAAGACGAUCGACUUCCCUUUCAAGGAUUGCCCAUUGUUUUACUUUUUGUAGCUGAUACUCUAGUAGAAGAAAAAGAAAUUCUAAGAUUGAGGGAAGAAGGCCAGAGCUUAGCUGACAGCCUCCAAUGUCCCUUCAUAGAUGUAUCAUUGGAAGACGUUGGCCCCGAUCAAAGGUUCAAUUCUGCUCUUGUGGCAAAUGCCUUGCGCCAACUUGUACAGAGCAUACGUCACAGGGCUGGCUUCAUACAUGUUUAUCAGUCUGUAAUGGAUUCCGAGCCAGAUAUAAGAAUAAUAAUGUGUAUGUUUUGUGGAGAUCCUUACUCAGUAGAAAAUGUUCUGGGACCUCUUCUAAGUCAUCAGUGCUGCUUCCUCAGUGGAGAAAGGAGUAUAAUUUUAGAAACUUAUCUCGGCACUUCAAAGCGAAAAGUUGAAGUUAUAAUUUCGUCGUUUCAUGGUGCUAAUGCUUUUCGUGAAGAACUAGUCCACGGUUUCAUUCUUGUUUAUUCAGCAAAAAGAAAAGCAUCGCUUGCUACCCUCAAUGCGUUUUCGAUGAACAUACCCAACUUACCUAUUCAAAUAAUGGCUGUGACAGACAUAGGUGGCGCCAAUGCUUUCUUUAGUAACGAUCUGAGCCAUCAGUUGAUAACCGAAGGAAACGCAACAGCUGACCGUCUACAAGCACAUUUUAUGACAUCAACCUCCUCAUUUCAGCAAAAAACUGCAUUUUAUACACCUUUCUUCAAAGAAGUGUGGGAGAAGAAGCCUGAAAUAGAACAGGCAUUCCAAAUGGAAGAUCCCCCUCCAGGGCCCGGCUCAGCCAUGGAUGAAGGGGGACAUCCCCUCCCACCCCCCAGAAACCACAGUUACCAUAUCAAAAUGGAUUCAAAUGAUGGGAGCUGCUGUGAGGAAGGCGGAGGACCAUUCUCACCAACCUACUCUCAGGAUCAUGCUGUCAGUGAUAGUGAUGAUAGUAACACUUACUCGCCCAUUGACAUUUAUAGUCAAGAUGCCGACGACACUAAAUUCUCCGACAACAAGUCGACCAGUAAACUUCACCAAGGAUUCGUGGUGUACCCCCCACCAACUACACCCCCAGAGCCAGCUCCCCCCGACCAUCCCCCGCGCCAUCACAUCAAGGCGUCUCGGAUCCAGCUCGGCUCAAAUACCAGCUUGGAUGAGCUCACAUCUGACAUCAGUGGCUCCAGAGAAUCAUUGGCUACUCAUGAUUCAGGAUGGGUUGAUGACUCGGUAUUUUUGCAAGAGGAUGGAAGCGGCGUAUGGGCCAACAACUUCUCCCAGCAUGCUUUUACAACAGGACGUAGAAGCGCUUCAAAAUCGCGCUUCAAAACUGGAAGUAACAACAGUCAUCACACUCUGAAGCAACCUGGCAAACUCAACAUGAAGGACUAUACCCUAGUAACGGAUGCUAUAGCUCGCAUGAACCUGGGAGGCAAGGAACCCCCAAGGAUCGCCAAAAUCGGUAAAUCUAUUUUUGGCAAUGCUCCAUUAGCGACCCCGGAAAAUGUGGACUUGGGGUCUGAAUAUGCACAGGUUAAAGAUGCAGUUCCUAACUUGUACUCAUCGUAUGAUGACGGUGAAUAUACUUAUACACCACCUAUACAAGACUCUAUAUCUAGUACUAAUAAGUCGAAAUUGAGACAAAGAAGAGAAAAGGGAAGACAAAUGCUCUCUGAUUCUGAUAGCGAGUUUAGUUCUCUGGAGAGGCGACAGCGAUCGAACGAAGCUUACCUGAAGGUGAACCGGAAGUCGACCACUCAUAAACGGACGAGGAAAAAGCGUCCGGCUGCGAUUCCUGUUGCCACGCCCAGAGUUCCACCGUUCCAUUCGGCCACCAAUGGCGGCCCUGCCACUCUUGAUGAUUUCCAGUUACUCAGUUUCAAAAUGGCCGAGCCUAAGUUUGAUGCUUCAGGUAAAAAAUUGGAACAAUUGUUCGACAUAGUACCAGCAGACGAGGAAUCCAGCUUGGAUGUUUCUUCCCCUAGAGAUGUCAAUUCACCUUUGUUUGGCGCCGUAAAUAAAGGAAAAGAGGGCGAUAAAACAUUGAGACGAAAAGAAAAACAGAAAGCCAAGGAAGAAGAGAAACAGGAGAAGAGGCGUCAGAAAGAGGAGAAAUUGAAGAAAUUGGCGGAAGAGAGGGAAAAGAAGAAACAGAAAAGCAAAUGUGGAGUGAAAGGCACUUUGUCUUCUCACCAACCGUCACUAGAGGCGUUUGCUCAGUCGGAAACAAAUGCUGUGCCGUUGAUUUUGGAGAAAUGCGUCAUGUUCAUUGAGGAUGAAGGGUUGGACUCUGAGGGAAUUUAUCGAGUUCCAGGCAAUAGAGCUCAUGUCGAUCUUCUUUUCAUCAAGUUUGAAGAAGAUCAUAAUAUCGACAUAAACAGUUUGGAUAUACCAGUGAAUGCUGUCGCAACUGCACUCAAGGAUUUUUUUUCUAAGCGAUUACCGCCUCUCUUCCCAGAAGAACUAAUGGCUGAACUCGAAGAUAUCUCUGUGAAAGGAGAUAGAAGUUGUCGCUUGUUAGCACUCAGAGGUUUAUUGAAAAAGUUACCGCUGGUGAACUUUGAAGUUUUAAAAUUCAUCUUUCAUCAUUUUGUUAGAGUGUCGGAAAACUGCAAGCUGAACAGCAUGGACUCAAAGAACCUUGCGAUCUGCUGGUGGCCCACUUUGCUUCCGAUCGAGUUUAGCGACAUGGGCCGUUUCGAGCAGAUGAGGCCUCACCUUGAAGACCUCGUUCAGACUAUGAUCGAUCAAUACCCCUUCCUGUUCUGCGAUACGGCAAUAGCAGGUCUACCCUGGGGUAAUGUACAGUAGAUCAGAUAGUUGCCAUGCCACACUGGUCACAACAAUAGCCCACUUCACUCCUGGCUCGUCUAUUCCAAUCAAAUGUAAUCGAAAACACCAUUAGAAGUUAGUAAUAAAAUAUUUGUUAAAACCCUAUGCAGAUUUCAUUUUUGUUUUUAAAAUACCAUUCAUUGGUCGAUCGUUGGUACCAACCAAGUCACAAAACGUUCUCUUUCAUAGUAAUUCUUUUAUCUUUCAAAUAUAUUUAAAAUUAAUUAUCGAUAUAAAGUUAUCUGAUGAACAUAUUAUUAGCUAACUUACAAUUGAUGAUUAUCUUGAAAAACUUGAAACUCAAAUUACUAGAGGUGAUUAAGGAUUAGUAGUAUACUUUGUGUUGAUAUAUUUAUUGGUCUCUCCACUAUUCCACAAUAAUAAUGUUUAUUUUGAAUUAUGUUAAAUUCGAAAAUUAAGCAAUAAAUUAUAACGAUCAAAGCUCAAUAGGCAUUAGAAUCGAAUCUUGGAAAUGUUCAGAAUUUUAUUCUUGCUUGUUGUUAUUAUUAUUGUAGUAAUCAUUGACUUGAUCUGCCUGUUAUAAAUUGAAUUAUUGUAAACUUGACUUGUAAUGAUUCCUGAAGUAUAAUAUACUCUAUAAACGAUCGGCUCCAACUCCAUUCCAUGUUGUAUAAUAAAUCUUAUCUAAUGGAUAGAUUUAAAAAUCAAAUAAGAGAAAGCUUGUUAUAUUUAAGGCAAUUUUUAUCAGAUCUGAUAUUAGUAAUCAAUUUUAAAAAUCACUGUUCAAAUAUCUAAUUGUCUAGUUAGAUUAACAAAAAAUAAUUGUCGUUUGAGAGGCACAGAUAAAUAGCAUAUUGUUUCCAGUCAUUGGAUGGUGGAAAUCUCUCAUUCAGAUUUUAUUAGUACUCCUUUAUUUUUACAAGGAUCAAAUAAAAAUCUUAAGAUUAUUCUCAGUCAUCCAAUAAAAUACUGGCAAUUUAUAAUUUAUACAGACUUUUACUUGUAAACAAGGAUAUUGUUAAGAUGCUUAAAAACCACUCUGUAUGAUGUUCAUUCGUUUACAUAAUUUUCGAGGAAUUCCAAUUUCAUUUUGUUGAAAGGUAAUUACAAAUAAUUAUAAAAGUAUGAGUCAGUUGAUUUGUAAUCUUAUUUCUCUAUUGGGUGUCCAUGAAAGAAGCAAGAAGAAACUAAAGAUCUAGUUCUGGAGAAAUCCUGAGUAAAAGUUGUUUGUAACCUAGUCGAAACUGAAAAUGAAUCAUGUAACUGGAUUAUAUUCAAAUGAUGAACCAACUUUAAUAUACAUUUUUAUGUAAUGAAAAAUACAUCAAGUAAUCACAGUUCAAGUUUUAGGAACAUGAAUAACAUUAAUUCAUACUUUCAAUAUGAAAUGCGCACAAAAUAACUUGACGUUACAAGUUAUUGCUCCUAUGAUGGAUAGAAUUUUCUAUACAAGGCUCGUUAGAAUGUAGAAAUGAUUUGUUCAGCUUUUUUUUAGACUAAGGUCUGGAAAGGUACUUAAAAGAUCAUUCAGGUUUUGGAUUGUAAGAAACAUUGUUUUCAAUACAUAAAAAAUGAUUGAAUUUUAAAUUUUUAACAACUGAAUUACUGCAAGUAAAUAUGUUUAUAUUUUUAGUUCUAUAAAACUGUAAAUGAAAAUACCUAUGGAAUAUUGGAUUCCUAUUUAACCUUUUUAUAACAAAUUUUUUUUUAUAAUGUUUCCAAAUAGCUUCACAAACAUUAAAGCUUGAUCACAAAGCUAAACACAUUCUAUUUAAUAAAUGUUGUAUAAGAAUAGGAACUAAACAUUUUGAAUGUUUUUCUAUCUUAUGUACUACUAUUUAUACUCAUUUUUACCUUCUUUUGGCCUAAAUACAUUUUUGACCGUAAGUUGUAAUUAUUGAGUAGUGGGAAAAUCCGCAUUUCAUACAAUUAAUUACAAUAAUUUCAGUCAGUCUCAGCUUCAAAUAUUUUGUACCUUCCAUGAACUGUUUCCAAGUUGAUGGCUCUUUUGAUUUCUUUGAAAACUCAAUUUGAUAUUUCAUGUCUCUUGCUAUCUUUUUCAGAAAAUACGAAUUCCAAAUUUACUGUACAAAAUAAUUUUUUAUGCCAUUAUAAAGAACAAUAUUCUGUAGCAAUAGAUUUCAUCGUUCCAUUUGUUUAGCUGUGUAAAUUUGUAGUUGGAAGGUAGUCUAUUGAUUGCUUCUAAUUUAUAAGGCAGCUUGACAAGAUCUAAUAACUCAAUAAUUAGAAUUUGACUUGUCUAUUAAAUUUUUAUUUGAUUGUUUUUACUUUGAGUUCGAUGAAGUGAUCUAGUUUUAAUAAAUAUUUUGAUGUUUUUAAUUUAAAAAUAAAAUUUUGAUUUUUAAGUUUUGAAAAUUUAAGAAGUUUUCAAAUGUAUCUUAUUUUAUUCUAUCAAACUCAUGAAAACAGUUCUUUGCGCAGCAAUCUACAUAGAAAAACAGUUUUUUUUACUUCUGUAACACACAGUCCCUACAGUAUAGUAAGUCACGGUCCAAUGGCGGACUCAUUUGGGGAAUAGGACACAGCUCCCUUGACCCUUUGCACAGCUACCUUUCACUGGAAGAAGUACUUCACACGCACUAACUGGGGAACUAAGUGGUUGCUAUAUUGAAAAGUGAGGAUUGAAAAUGGCUGAGUUGUUAGUAUAUUCAAUUCAAUUCCUUUUAUUCAAAAACUUUAUACAUUACAUAGUAUGUAAAACAAAGUAAAGGCGAAACAAAGUAAAGUGAAGUUCCUUCACUGAUUGAAAUAUUACAUUCUUAACCAUAUCUUUCCAGACUUUUUGUGCUGAUGAAUUACUUAUUUGGUGCGAUUCCACAAAAAUAUUUGCAGUAAAUUUACACACCAAAUUCUCCAAUAUUUAGCAAUUUUGUGGUAGCAAUAAACUGUGAUACGCUUUUAUGUUUUAAACUAGUCAGGGAAAAUAAAUCGACUUUCUUGAAGCUGUUGUGAAGUUACUAAUGGAACUUAUUUUAAAGAGUUUGUGAUUUAAUUUCGUUCUAUUUUCAAAUUUAUUCGCGAACUUGUUCUGUGGCUGUGAUUUUAGUUCCAGUAAAUGACCGUGUUAUUUAGGACUUGAUUGAUUUGUAGAUCCUAGCUUAUGCAAUCUGUAAAUGUUUGAAUUAUAUUGUUAAGAUUGUGGAGUAUUGGAACAUUAAAACUUACUGAUCAUUACUCGUUGGCCAAGCUCUAAGCAUGCUGAGAGAAUAAUAAUGUACACAUAAUAUUUAUUCCAACUGUUAAAGCAUAUGAACACAAUCCUAUUUUACUCGUAAUUCAAGUUCUAAGCAUGCUGAGGGUAUAAUAAUGUACACAUAUUUAUUCCAACUGUUGAAUAAAUAUAUGAACACAAUCCCAUUUUAAUCGUUAGUCAAGCUCUAAGAAUGCUGAGGGAAUAAUAAUAAUAAUAAUAAUGUACACAUAUUUAUUUCAACUGUUAGAUAUUUUAACACAAUCCCAUGUAACUGAUAAUGAAACAAAAACCCGAAAUCGCCCACAACGUUUCUAGUGUCUAAUGCGAAUGUAAAUAUCACAUAAAUGAUUAAUGGAAACUUUAUUUGCAUGAUCUAUUUAUUUACAUCAUAAACGAAUUGAUUCUGUUAUUAAAAUAUUGUAUAAAUUUUAUUAGAAUAAAUGUUUUUAUCCAAUCAAGCCCAAAUGUGAAAUCUGUCUUACUAAACUAGUUGUAUGGCCACACUGACAUUCUAUGUUACUGUACUAUACUCAUCUUCUUAGAAAGAUAUUAGAUGUUGGGUAUUCUCAUGUUCUAUGUGAUUUUAAGUGUAUGUUGUAAUGCUUUUAAGCUCUUGUUAUGUACUUUAUACAAUAAAUGUAGACAAUAACUUGUCUUUGAAUUAUUUGAAAGUGAACGAGAGAGUAGUUUUAGAGCUGUUUGUAGUUGUAUUUAUUUUAUUGACCUAAUAUCUGAAUUUAUUCUUUGCUUUUAUAAACCCAGUGUCUGAAUCAAAGAAAUUUGUCAAGUUGACUUUCAUUUAUCCCUUAUGAUACUAUAAAUUCAAUCUUUCUUAUACUCUGGAACUCUUUCCAUAACUAAUCAACUGUUGUGGUAUAUGUUUCAAACAAAUUUCUGUCUCAAUUUAAUUGUAUCUCAUUUUUUUGUAAAUUAUUUUAUCAUUGUCGCUUUGAUUCUCCUUUGAAGAUUCCUGCUCUUCAGAGUUCAACUUGUAUAAUUUCAGCUUUUUGGCCUAGAAACAACUUGAUUGUGAUGAUAAUAUCGAUGAUGAGGAUAAUGUAUGGAGAAUGAGGCAUUGAAUUGUGCGUCAUGUUGAAAAGCGAACAAUUAGUUGUUGAAAAUUAAUAUCAUCGUUCAAUCCACGAAUGGGUGAUGAUAGCUGUAGAGCUACUCUCACUUGCUUAACUAGUAUGUCAAAGGUAUUUCCCGCUUAAAGUAGUCAAAACUUUUCUUAGUGAUCUCAAGGUGUAUAUAUAUAUUCACUCUUAAUUUCUCUCGAACAUUCUCUUUCAAAUAAAAUUUUCUCGUAAUUUUUCUAAUUUCAUUCAUACUAACUUUCAUAAUACAGCUUCCAAUUCAAUCAAUUUCUUUUGAUGUAAUACAUGUAUACUCAUAGCACAGAAACAAUUUAUUCCAUUUUUCAAAUAAAAAACAUUUUUAAUGUAUCAUUAUAAGAAGUAAUUGAUUCAUACUCAUCUUGGAUCAAGUAAAAUAUUCUGGUUUAAUAAUGUUCUCUUGUAGAUAAUUACUUCUAAUUAGUUACUGUCGAUGUAAUACAUGUAGAAUUAAUGAUUUGGUGGUUAUCUUUGUCGAAUGAUGCUGACAUGUGCCGCACUAUUGGCGAAUUGUAAAUGUUGGCUAGCUUUUAUGUAUCUGCUCCUGUUUAAAAUUCACAUUUUAUAGAAAUCGUGUGAAAAGUGGGUGCAUUAAUUGUAUGUUUCUUGAAAUUUGCUACUGUCGUCCAUUCCAUAUAUGUGCUAAGUAUUUAGUAUUUACUGUACUAAAUAUUUAAGUAAAUAUUUUUAUGUGUAUGUGUAAAAUGCGUGUGAGGUUCGCUGUGUGUUUCUGAGCCAAAGAUGUAUUUAUGAAGGCUAUAAGACAUUUAGAGAUAUUUUCUUAUAAUUAUUAGAUUUCUUUUGUGUAAUAAUGUAUGUUUAUUUAUAUGAUACUUAUUUCACAAAUGGAACUGUACAUUUAUGAUGCUCGGGUGAUCAAACUUGACAGUAAAUUAAGAAAUAUUCAGUCGAAUUUUGUAUCGAAAGUCAAUAGUCUAAUCAAUUAGUAAUAUAGUAUGUGUUUUUCUUAAGCUUAAUGAAUUGCCAUUUUUGAAAAAAUUAACUAGUCCUGAAGCAUCCAGUUGAGAUAAACAUUUUCCUUCUCAACACCAUUCUCUUUUGUUAGAAAACAUAAUGAUUGUAUAUUAUUUAGUGCUUAACUAAAACAUUGAGGGUUUUCAUUCUGUAACAAUUGAACUGAUCAGACUAGAUUUUUUUAAUCAGCUUGUUGAAGAUAUUAAAUAUCCAGAAAGGUGUUUAUGUUGUGAGA